ACUCAUCAAAUGACGACACAUUCAACAUUUUUGCAAGAUGGCUGCGGUAGGGAUACGAAGGUCCUUGCCGCUUUUUCGACAUUGUAGAGGUAUUUGGCAAGCCAACAGGUCCUUGAGUUUGUGUUGUUGCCGGCUUUCUCCCGGUAUUGAAGUUGUUUCGAGGAAGAAGAUGAAUAGUUCUCGUGAAGUAAACAAGCACGAUUUAAACGUAAUCCCAAGGAGAACGUUAAUAGGAUCCAUUAUUCCGAAUCCCCUCAAUACGUCGCGGAGGAGAAAGUAUUCCGAGAGGAGAUUGCUUGGUUACUCAAUGGAGGAUAUGUAUGCAGUGGUAUCAGAUGUGGAGGAUUAUAGACAUUUUGUCCCUUGGUGUAGGGACUCUACAAUUGUGGCCAGAAAACCAGGCUUCCUUAAAGCUAAACUAGCUGUUGGUUUCCCACCUGUGGUUGAGAAGUAUACAUCUGUUGUAUCUUUGGCCCCACCAAACCUAGUGAAGGCAGAGUGUACGGAUGGAGAGAUGUUUAAUUAUAUGAAGACUAUUUGGAAAUUUAGUCAAGGUUUACCUGGAAAUCCUAAUACUUGUACAUUGGACUUUUAUGUUGAGUUUGAGUUUCGUUCAAUCCUUCAUUCUCAGCUUUCAACCAUGUUCUUUGACGAAGUUGUUAAAAAAAUGGUGAAGGCAUUUGAAAAGCGAUGUUACUAUCUCUAUGGACCAGGCCACUUGCAUAAUAACAAAUCUAGACCAGUACCAGCAGGCGCAAGAUAACACAAGGCAUAUGGGUCAAUUGCUCUAUGUGCACUAAGAUAGCUCAUGUAUGUCUUGUAUGGUAUCAACAAAUAUUAUUAUUUACAAAUACUAUUUUCACUUUGGGAUAUAAAGCGAACAUAUUAAUUUUUUGGAUUUCUAGGACCACAGGAUCUUAUAGAGUAAAUUUUGCUGACAAUACAAUAUUAAGUUGAUGCAAUUUUAUUAUGUGAAAUAUAGAUUUAAGAAUUUCAUCUUUUCUAUCAGUGCUUAUCAACCUGUUGUGUCAUUUUAACUGUCAUUUUACUCUCAGGCUAAGCUGCAGUGUAGGAUUUUACUAGUAAUUUAGAAUCACCAUAGCAACUGUUAGUUAUCAAUAAGUGACAGUCUUUUUGGGGUUGGCUUUUUUUUAAAUCUGAAAGCUCUUUGUUCAAGACUCUCAAGAGUCUAGACAUGACCCCAAUGGGUUAAGUUGAAAAAAUAGAAAAUAUACAUGUCUGAACUGAUCAUCACCAUCUUCCUGAUUUUUCUAGCACAUCAUCAAACAUUUUAAUCUGCAAACCUGCUUUUUCUAUGGCAUCAUGCAACAUUUCUAUGUGAGUGAAUGUGCAUAGGUUAACAGCUGAACACUGCUGUUGUUGUCGUUUGUAACGUGAAAAAAGUGGAAGAAAAUUAUUUUAUGAAUAUUUUCUUUGCUUACUCCCGUGGCUGAUAAUUAGUGAAAUAUAAAGGUAUUUGAAGGAGCUGUUUUACAUUCUGAAAAGAAAAUGUAAUUUAUUUUGUUGAGUUGUGAGUGGUAAAGACAUAUAUGCAUGAUAAGGUCUCCUGUUUCUAGUGUCAUUUAAAUCAUUAUUAAUACUGAUAAUAAUGAUAUUUGAUAAUAUUUUAAUAUUAAUACUUAUGACUGAAUGUUACUCUGCUGGACUUAAGCUAUGAAUUAAGGUUGAUAUAUAUGAUUUUGAAUAGUGAUAACAUUAUUAUAUUUACAAAGUGAGAAAAAAGGACCUAUUUAUUAUAGCAAUGUGUAGUGUCCUGUGAAUAACAAGAAUCAGAUAAUCAUUUGUCAAUGUUAAGGUAUAUUACAUUAGUUAACCCCUUAACUCCUACAUCAAAAUUGUAAUUCUCCUUACUGUCAACCAUACACAUCUUAUAAAGUUAGUUCAGAGAAUUUAGUAUUGGAUCCACUAAUUAUCCUCAAAUUUAUAUUUUUCUUUAUUCUCGUCACUUAUCUGGUUGAUAUUGUACUGAUAUUCUGAGGAGAAAUUCUGUCUUGAUCACUUGUGGGAGUUAAAGGGUUGAAGAGUUAACAUUUUGUGGAAUUUAGAUUUCAGUGAGGAUAAACUUGCUCAAAGAUUUUCAAAGUAACAAUCUUUAGGUAGAUAAUUAAAGUAUCUCACAAGCCAUGCACUUUGAAUUGCUCUUAGGUAAUCUAUGUUUUCAGAUGGUGAGCUGAUAAUUACAGAAAAAAAAUUUUGAUCAAGUAGUUACUAGAUAUAAUCUUAGGACUAUGGAACCCUCUUAAUGAAUAUGAGCAGCACAGGGAUUAUAAUUUGUGAUGCAGUCAGCCAGGUCCACCUUCACAACUGAUCCCUGCAAAGUUUCAAAAUGUCAGUUUACUGGGAUGUAGCAAGGAAAUUACAAAUGGGGGGGAGGGGGGGGGGGUCACACCUUGUCACACCUAAGGUACCUACCUGACUGUUGUUUCAAUAUCCUUCCAGCUGUGUGGCAUGUUUUUGAAUGAGCAGUGAGCAAUGCAUACAGUGUUUACUCUGGUAUCUGUAAUUUUUCCACAUCUGAAUUAUACCAUUUGCUUGUUCAUGACAAAAACACAUAUUAUCUUACAAAGAGGUCAUGGACACACUAGGAGCUUCCUUAAGCUCCACCCCUGUAAUUAGCUUGGCAAUGCACUGAUGGUUUAACAGACGGUGAAAGCAAAUGAUUCAAAUGUUUUUUGGAUGAAGGAUCAGCUGAUGCUAUACUGAUGCUGAUCCUUAAAGCUAGUGAUUGUGGGCUGGUUCCCAUAUUUUGUACAAAGAGCAAAGAAACAUUUACUAUAAUAAAUGAAUAUAGUUGUGUCUGAAAAUAAAUAAUAUGCUGCACCUGGAGUUCAAUAAAAAGUGUGAUUCUUUUCAAAAAUG